AAAAAAAAAAAAAGAGGGAGGAAGAAAGGGGUGGUUAAAUUAAACUAAGCAGGGAAGAAGUGAGAAGAGAAGGGGAAUGAAGAAUGGAAUUGAAUGGGCAAUUCACUUUGGUACUGCUGCUGGCAACAUCCUUUCACCUUCAACUACACUACGUUUCAGGUAAAGAUAAUGGAGUUUGCAUUUCACCUGGUGGUCGCUUUCCUAGAUUUUCAAAUGAAGGAAAACCUCCAAGAAAAGUAAAAAAGGGCCCAAGAGAUUUGAACCUCUGUAGGGUAUUUCGCGGGAAAACUUGCUGUGAUGUAACACAGACACAUCCUGCUUUUAUGUCCAUUAGGAGGCUUGCUUCAACUGGAGAAGCGAGCCAGGAGUGCUUGCACUUAUGGGAGAUGUUAGAAUGUUCAAUCUGUGAUCCACGUGUUGGUGUGCAGGCUGGACCCCCUGUUUUAUGCACCUCUUUCUGUGACAAAGUAUACCAAGCUUGCUCCAACGCAUACUUCUCUGUUGAUGCUAAGACACAGGUUCUAGCACCCUGUGCUGUAAACGACUUUGUGUGUGGUAGAGCGUCCGAAUGGAUCUCUAAUGGGACAGAGCUCUGCCGCGUUGCAGGUUUUUCUGUGAAGUCUUUGUCUGAUGAUCCAGAAGAAGUUUCUUGCUAUGGUGGAAAAUCUAGUGUGGAUUAUAUUGCUGAUUCAUGGCGGACCUCACGGUCCAAGGUGCAAGAGAAAGCUGACAGUUCUGGAUUAGUUGAAGAUUUCAAGCAAUGGCUGGAGGACAUGGCAUUUAAAGAGAGAAUAUCUUGGGCUGUAGGAGGCAUGGUUCUUACAGCAGGACUUCUAUUUACCAGUCAAAGGAAAAGCCAUAGGCAACGCCAGAAACUAGCGGCCCUCCAACGUACUGCCAAGAAACUAGAAGGAAGGGGGAGUCCAAGAUCUCCUACAACUUUAGGAAGCCUAAAGGGAAGUUAAAGAUGAUAACUAACUCCUUACUAAAAGGAGGAAUUUCAUCUUGUUAUUAUACUCCCUGACGAAAUUAGCAAUGAAUACAGAUUUUAAUUGUUAUUGUACUUC